AGUGUGUGACACUUGAUCCCGGUCUUAGCCGGAUCCUGAUGCGGAUCCUCAGACUUUGAGAAGUUUAGACACGUCUGAGAUAACGAAGCUGCUGUGUAAUCAGGGUUUGACUGUGGCAAAUGGCCGAUAGAUAUUAGCAGCAGCUUCUUCUUCUCUGCAGACAGAUUUAUGUCGCGGUUAAAGCUGAUCAGCUGGUAUAAGCUCUAAUUGUUUCUGCUGACUGAAGAAAAACACCGUUAGCUUAGCUCAUUUAGCUUCUUUUACCCCUUUCAGCUGUCUGAACUCAAAGGUAAGAUGACUUAUUUUCUCUUAACUCGUUUAUCACCCACUGUUUUAAGUAUUAUGUGUGUAUUACCGCUGGCUGCACAUGUUUCCUGUGUAUGUUCUGGAGGUUAAUUCUGCAACAAAGACCAAACAUCAACCUCUAAGUUUGUAUUACUAUUUUAUUUUACAUCCCAGAACACACCCCUGAUUACAAUAACAGAUUUUAAUGGUUUGGAAGCCUGUAUUUAAUUGAAAACAAUGCAAAGACAACAUAUCAAGUGAUGAAACUGAAACUUUUUACUAUUUCAUGAAAAAUAUCUGCUUGUUGUAACUUUUAUGUCAACAACACGUUGUCAGAGGAACAACCAAACAGGAAAAAAGUUACGCAAUCGUAGAAGAGCAUCCGCCCUCAGUCAACCCUGCAUUAAUAACAGACAGGACUCUGUAGUGGAAAUCACUGCAUGAGCUCUAAAUCAGAUCAGUGAAGGCUCCACUAAUGCUGAACAAUAUACACAGUUUUAGAAACAAUACAUGCUGCCAUCCAGACAAAGACCUUCAUUUUUCAUUCACACAUUCUGCAGAUAUUACAACAGCAUGGCUCUGUAGUAGAAGAGUCCUGCUGCUAAACUGGCCUGCCUGCAGUCCUGAGUUAUCACCCAUUAAAAACAUUUGGACCAUCAUGACAAAAAAUAGGACAAAGGAAACCCUGAACUGUUGAGCUGGAAUCCCAUGAAAGAAGAGCUGAUGCAACACCAUUGUAAAUAUGUCUCUAUCAUCACAUGUAAAAUGAGCACAUAUUUGCAUACAUCAAAAACAUUUGUAUUUGUUUGAAUAUUCUGUAUGUUGUCUUUGCAUUCUUUUAAAUUGAUUUUAGGCUGAUAAAAAUGAUAUCCAAACCAUCAAAUUCAGUUUUUAUGAGCGUUUUAAACAGUGUCUGAAGUUUUUGGUAGGUGGGGUUAUUUGUCUUCCUGCUCAUUCUGACACUGCAAGUAUCUGGAGCAUUUAUUCAGUGCAAAUAUUUGUGAGUUACCUGCUUGUGUGCAGCUUCAGCUGUCUUAGUACACCUUAUCGAGCAGAGAGAGUAUGAAUUCAGAAGUCAGAUGGAAUAUUUUGCUUUCUUGUGUGGAAGAUAUCUUGUUUUGUUUGAUUUACACUGCUGAAGCUUCGGUCUGGCUUGAAUUGGACCUCUACAAUGUGUUUUUGUGUACAGAUAAGGAAUAAAAAAUUGCUUUGAGACCACUGGUUGACCUGCUGCUGUUGCUGUUAGCUCCUUACCCAAACUGAAGGCCCUGCAGGGUGUCAGACCGGGGGGCUGGAGAAGCCUAAUUGGCUUCAAACACGCCUCCAGCUGCUCCUGUGCUCUGAGCCAAUCCACUGCAGACACAUAUCUUACACUCAGAGAGCACAGCAAUGCAGAGCAUGGAGCUGAGAGCAUAAUUACAAACAAGGCUGUAAACCAGAGUGGCUGUCCUCUUAAAGGCUGCAGGGUUAGGUGGACUAUUUUUAACCUGGUCGCUCUGAUAUUGAUGCCUGUGUGUUCCAGCUGCUGGUCUGUACUGGGAGGACUGGUGAUGGGGCACAGGGUCGUCCUCGGGGUUCAGCAGCCCAGUCCCAUCCGGCUCAUGCUGCGGCUGCUGCUCCUCGUCGUCCUGCUGGUGGCUGUUUGUGCGGAGAGUCGAGAUUUCUACAAACUUCUGGGAGUCAACAGGGAGGCGACGACCAGAGAGAUACGACAGGCCUUCAAGAAGCUGGCGCUCACCAUGCACCCCGACAAAAACCCUGUGAGUUAAUGUGGGACACAAUAAGGGCUUUCACAGGGUAGUCAGGUGGUGGAGAUUGUGUCAGCAGGUACUCUUCCUGGGGUUCACAUCCAACAAACAGGAAGAGAAAAGUCUCUGAUGAAUAUCCUGCGUUACAGGGUGACCCCUCAGCCCACGAGAAGUUCCUGCAGGUGAAUCGAGCCUACGAGGUUCUGAAGGAUGAGGACCUCAGGAAAAAGUACGAUAAGUACGGAGAGAAGGGAUUGGACGAGCAGCAGCAGCAGGGCGGACGUUACGAGAGCUGGAACUUCUACAGAUACGACUUUGGUCAGUCUCAGUUGUCUUUCAGGAACAGAAAACAGUUUAUUUUCUUUGGUCCUGAUAAAAGAUUAAUGUCUCUGUGCAGAAGAAACUUUCCUCUAAUCUCUUUAUCUGUCUUUGUGCUCAGGUAUCUACGACGAUGACUUGGAGAUCAUCACGUUAGACAGUGGAGAUUUUGGUGAGGAUCUCUCUUUCAUUCACACUCACAGACGACACAUUCUUUUCACUGUGUUUCAUCUGAGUGCCAAAGACUUUUCUAAGAAUGCUAAGAAAAGGUGAUCUCAGAGUUGCAGUCCUGGAUCUGCAGCUUUGGGGUCUGUACUUGUAACUUUGUGCCACGUCAUGAGAAAUCUUACACACAGUGAGAUUCUCUGAGCUUUUCAUGGCUGUGAAAUGUCAGCGAAGGCAUUUCAAACACGACAUGGUAAUUUCUGUGGGUGACACAGGAGACAGGUAACAGGGUAAUAACUGCUGUGUGUGUGUGUUUCAGAGGCAGCAGUAAACUCUGGAGAAAUCUGGUUCAUCAACUUCUAUUUCCCACGAUGUUCACACUGUCACACACUCGCUCCAACGGUAAUAUGACACUAAAAUACUGAACCUGCUCACAGAUACACAACAUUCCACUCUUAGACCACUCUUAAAUCUCUCAUUCUUACUUUGAGACGUCUUUUAUAUUUUAAGAUACAUUUGCAGUCCUUUGUCUGUUCGAUUUUCCUCCUACAAAUGACAAAUGAUGAACACAAUAACUAAGCACGACACCAUCUGUCUGUCUGUCAGUGGAGGGAGUUUGCUAAAGAGAUGGAUGGAGUGAUCAGGAUCGGAGCGGUGAACUGUGGAGACAACAACCAUCUCUGCAGGAGGCAAGGCAUCAACAGCUACCCGAGCCUGUUUGUGUACAGAGCUGGACAGGUCUGUGUGCUGGUUAUGAUUGAUCGUUUUAAUUUAGAUGUGAAAUAAUGAGCUAACUGAGGGUGCCAGUGUGAAAAAAAAACCCUGCAGUGAGUCAGAGAGGACAGGACUUUAUCAUCGUUGUCUGACGGGAUUGAAACCUUCUGUGUUUACACAAAUAAAACUCUGCAGGAUUUGCUCACCUGUUGACACUCAGUUGCAGAAAUAUGCAUGAUCAUAAGUAACGCUUGGAAUUGACAAGAUUUUAUUUACAUCAAUGCCAUUAUUGAUUCUUCUCAUCAACACCUUUGGAUUUUCUGUGUGGAAAGAUGUCGACAUCAUUUUGCACGGCACACAAACCUAAGUGGAAGGUGUCGAUAAGAAAACCAUUAAGUAUAAACGCAAAUAAUGUUGAAGACUUGAACUAAAUGAAACUGUUUUAUGAUUCCCAUUCCUAUUUAUAAACUUUCAUGCAUUUUUAUGCAUCUGUAAAGUUAUUUAGAGGUUUAAUGAAAAGCUAAAUUGAUCGAUAUUAAUCAUUUUCUGUCUUUCCACAGAGACCAGAGAGGUUUGUCAGCGAGCGUAAUAAAAACAACCUGAUUAGCUUUGCCAUGCAGUUCCUCACGACCUCCGUCACUGAGCUGUGGCAGGGUGAGCGCUCUGAUUUAUUCACUUUAUAUCUUCAUAGCUUCAUUUCCGUCUGAUUAUUGCUCUUGUUUUGGUCUCACACUCUGUGGUCGGACUGGUUGCUAUGGUUGUGUUUUCCAGGAAACGUGUUCGCCGAGAUCGAGUCUGCGUUCUCGUCAGGCCUCGGCUGGCUGAUCACUUUCUGCUCGGACUCUGGAGGUAACUCACAGAGGAGUUAUUUUUCAUGCUCAACAGUGAUCCUGUCACAUUAGCCUCCCUGUAUUUGCUGAUAAUUUCACCACAGUGUGUGUAGUCAUCCUGCACAGCCAGUUUUUUAUUUAUCUAAUAUUUAUUCACCAGGAUGUACAUUACAGAGGUAGAAACAUCAAGCCAGAUAUAAAAAAAAGUCAAAUGCAAAAAAAUAGAAAAAAAAACAACAUUGCACACUUGAAAACAAAGUAAGGUGGUGGCAUUUUAAGUUUAUUUUAAGGCCUUUUAAGUGUCACAGACUUUCACAAGGACCCGACGUUUGUUUAGUAGAUGUAGAAAUUUAGAUUUAAAGUGUUUGAAAGUCGUUUUUAUAAUCAAAGAUUAACGAGACAGACAUGAUAAUCCUCUAAAUCUCUCCCUCUCAGAUUGCCUGGAGUCAAGAACACGGCAGAAGCUGGCCGGCAUGUUGGUGAGAGCAUAUCAGUCAUUUUCUUCAGCUCCUAUCUGUCAGUAUUUUUCAUUGUCUUGAAAGUAGAAAUCGUCUGCAUAAGAUGCAAAAUCCAGUUAUUUGUCUUUUCAAGUUGCAUUUUAAAGUCAUAAAAGUUUAUUUAAUAUUUUAAAAAUUGCUUCAAUAAAACUUUAAAGUUUUUCUUUAUUAAUUUAGCACAAAUAACAUAAAAUUCAGGGGUAUACCCUGUCCUGAGCCUUUGCCAUUUCACAUGAAAUGGUCCUUGCUGCAGUAUUAUUUCAUCAGUGUGCUCACAGGACUGCCUGUGUUUUUGCAGGAUGGUUUGGUGAAGGUGGGCUGGAUGGACUGCACCUCACAGGAGCAGCUCUGUGAAAGUUUUCAGGUAAGACUUACUGCCAAAACUUAAAAUUCAUUUUUUAACAAGCAGUCUUGUCCACAUGGCUCCAUUUUUGUCUUUCCCUUAAAAAACUUGCAGACUUACAAAUCGAUGCACCACAUUUUUGAGGUACUUUUGGAUUUACCUGGAAGAUAAAUCACUGUGUCAUCUGCAAAGAAGGAAAUUUAGACAUUUACAUCAUGUCUUUGGCUUCAUUUUAGAUGAUUUAACACAAGAAAGCUUCUUAGAAGAGAUGUGUUGAUUGCAAUUUCAUUUGUUCAACUAUUUUCAUACAUGACAAGUUAAUCUUCUCUGUAAUCUCUCAGGUGACAAGUGGAGCGACUGCUUUGUUCCCACCUGGAAGCUCCCUGGAUCAGCCUGACAGUGUCUUGGUAAGAAACACACAUUACUGACUGUCCAUCUCAUCUGUGGGAGGAAAUUAUCAGAUUGAUGAGAUCCUGCAAAUCAUCAUCAUGAUAUGUGUUUUUGUUGCAGUGGUUGAAGACUCUGGACAGUCGAGAAAUUUACAAUCUGGUCAUCGAUCAUCUGCCUGGUCUGGAGCUGCUGACAAGUGAAACCUUCAAGGUGCGAAUCCUCAGAAACCUGCUACAGCUGUCAUACAUGCUGCAUGCUAACAUCCUGCUAAUGAUAUGUAACAUCCUGUCUACAGAGCAAGCUGGCUCAUCAUCGCUGGUUGGUCAGUUUUAUGUUUGGAGACAGAAACCCCGCCUCCAAUGAGUACAAGAAGCUGAAAGGUGCACUGCGAGAUGACCACAUACAGGUACCUGUCUGACUCUCUGACUGUCUGAAAUCAGUCUCUCCGUAUGUCCACCUGACUGACUGUUUGUCUGUCUGUCUGUCUCUCCAGGUUGGCAGGGUUGACUGUAUAUCAGACUCAGAGUUGUGUGAGUCUCUGUACAUCCACAAACCCUGCGUGGCCGUCUUUAAAGGACUGGGAAUCCAGGACUUUGAGAUCCAUCAUGGUCAGUCCACUGAGCUUUACUUCACUGUGUUUAUAACCUGCUGUCAUACCACAUAAACCAGGGGUGUCAAAGUCAAAUGGACGGAGGGCCAAAUAAAAAAUUUAGCUACAAGCCGAGGGCCGGACUGAUAGAAUGUUCAUUGAAAAUUUUUUAAAUGACGCAUGUAGUCUAGUGAACCUAACUGAACCUACUGAAAACCUAACAAAUAUAUUCCAAUAUGAUCAGAUAAAUAAAGCAAUAUUUUCUUAUGGCUCUGUCAGUAAUCUUUAAUUUUCAACAGACACAAAAGACAAAUUUCCUUUAUAUAAAAAUCCCCAUAACAUGAACAUUAAAUGAAAGAAACCGGUAUUAUUCAAGGCACCAUCAGUAGCCUAUAUUUUCUAUUUUAGCAAAAGUGGGCUAAAUUUACUUCAAAGAAAAAAAUAAUAAUAGCAAUUUUCUAUCAUCCACUCAACUGAAAUAUUUUUAAAAUAUAAUUGGAUUGAAAUACAAUAAAAAUGUGUUUCGUUUCAUAAUGUCGUCUCAGAUUAUACUCUUUCAGUACCGCCACACUUUCUCCACACAGAAGACACACAGGUUUUCCAGCUACCUCCGUGAACAUAUACUCCGACUCCCACCUUGUUUGAAACCCCCGGUUCUCAGUGUCCACCUUCCGUUUUGCCAUUUUUGAUGGGUAUCUGAAAGUUAAUUUUACUGUUAUGCUGACAACUGCUGUGCUAAUAAAUAUUGAAAUGAAGCAGCCUACUGCUCGGUGCGUCACCGUUGCAUUGUGGGAAAUGUAGUAUUGGUGCGUGUAAAAGAUCUGCGGGCUGCCGGCUUGCUGCGGUCUGCGGGCCGGUUCUAAUAAUAAAUCAAGAUCAUCCCAGGGGCCGUAAAAAACCUUGACUCUGACAUAUGUGACAUAAACCAACACCCUUUUAACUCUUAUGUCAUGAUAAAACUCAAGCCGGAGAGACGGAUGGAAGAAAUAAUUGGGGUUUUAGCUGUGGAGUUCCUCAGGGCUCUCUGUUAGGUCCUCAUAAAUUUCCAUUACUUGCAAGAACACAAUAUCUGUAUACUAAAUCUUGUUUGUUAAACCUUUGCGUUCCUCCCCUCUGUAGGUAAAGAUGUGUUGUACAAUAUUGUGGGGUUUGCAAGAGACAGCGUUCGCGCUCAUGUGACGACUCUGAGACCUGAAAACUUUCCUGCAGACAAAAAGGAGCCGUGGCUGGUCGACUUUUUUGCUCCGGUUUGUAGCGCAUGACUCUCAAUCAGAAAACUAAUUUUUUUCAUCUGUUCAGAUUACAUCUACUUUAUUUUGCUUUUAUGGUAAUUUUGGUGCUGAAAGUUCUAUACACUCAAAGUUGAAACACAAACCUUGUCUGUCAUUUUUAGGAAGAAGUACAGCUAUGAAGUUGUUCCUUAAAGUUUCGACUUAGCAUGUUUCUUCCUAAUGAAUCCCUGUUUGCCCUUAAGACUGGAGGUUCAGGUUUCGCCUCUAAUGCAAAUAAUGAGCCACAGUGUGACAGACACAGUGAUGCAGGCAGGAGUCACACUCAGGAGCCUGAUGUGUGGUUAUCGUUGAGUAAAUAAAGUCAGUUCCUGUUUAAAUGCUGAUGACGGAAAACCUUAAGAGGAGAUAGAGGGAGAUCAUGAAACUUUAAUUUGUGAAGAACUUUUCGUCCUGAGGCUGUGACAAAUUAAAUCUUGUGAUGUAACCUUCUUAGAUAACCAUGAUUAAAUAUUUUCUCCAUGUUUUCAGUGGUGUCCUCCCUGUCGGGCGUUACUGCCUGAACUGAGAAAAGCUUCAAUCCAGCUGGCGGGACAGAUGAAGUUUGGUACUCUGGACUGUACCAUCCACCACAACCUCUGCUCCAUGGUAAGGAAGAACAAAACUGGACUCAAUGUUUAUCAAAAAUCAAAGAGGUCUGAGGAUGGAACCCUGUGGGACUCCAUACAGAAGCUUUGCCUUAUAUAAACAGUUCUUCCAUUUGAUGCUUAUACUUUUCAUCCUUCUGUUUUCAGUAUAAUAUUCAGGCCUAUCCCACCACUGUGAUCUUUAACGGCUCCUCCGUUCAUGAAUAUGAGGGUCAGCACUCAGCAGACGGCAUCCUGGAGUUCAUACAGGUAUUUAUACUUUCAGAUAACAUAUUAGACAACAGAAGCCCCUUGUCAUACACUCUACAAACUCCUGAAAAUUUCUUAGCAUUGUCUUGGCGAGCUACGUGAAUGUUAACGGCUAGCUCUGCUCACCCUGACUUUGUUCUAAAAAGUCCCGAAUGGGCGUAAAUGUCCUAAAAUUACCCUGAAAAUUACAGAAAUUUAUGCUAUAAGGUGAAGAGUAGUGUUAUUUUCCUUUCAUGCAGGAAAUGAUUCUUAUUGUUAAAUACAAUAUCAAAGAAUUUAUGGAUUUCUUUCACAUGGAGAAUACAGUCUUGCACACUGCUUCUACCUUUCCCAUGAUGUUUAUCUUUUAAAAUGGCGGCAUCAACAUCUAGUGAGGGACUAAAAGAGAUUUUUUGUGUGCUUACAGGAUCUUGUGAAUCCAUCUGUUGAGGUUUUGGAUCCUUCAAGCUUUGCAGAGAAAGUUUCAGGUAAGCUUCAGACAGCCCUCCAAAAAUUGCCUCCUUUAUUCUGCUUGUUCCCAAGGACACAUAAAUUCCCUUCUUAUUGGAACAAGGCCAUAGUCACGGGGUUACAAAUAUAAAAAAAUCUUAAAAGUGUCAUUUUAAAGUGUCACUUUUAUGACUUCCUCACAUUACUUCUAAAUGUUGAACGGAUUUUCUGCUGCCCUCUUCUUUACAGGUCGAUCUGACGAGGAGGUCUGGGCGGUGGAUUUCUUCGCUCCGUGGUGCGGUCCCUGUCAGGCUCUGAAGCCAGAGUGGAGACGCAUGGCCCGGGUACAAGACACACUGCACACACUGUUAAAGACUUGUGGAGAAUCUAGAAGCUAAUAAGUAUCUGCUGUGAUGUAUCUUGUUUAACCAGUGUCUCUGUUUUUUCUGUCUAAUCUCCGUACAGAUGCUGUCCGGUCUGGUCCAGGUCGGUUCAGUCGACUGUCAGCAGUAUCAGUCGUUCUGUAGGAGUCAGAAUGUGAGGGCGUAUCCUGAAAUCAGAGUUUACCCCGGGAACUCCAGACAACCAGACCGAUACAUGUAUGUACCAAAUAUACCAACACCGUAAUUCUACUCUAAAUAAAACUGUUUAGGCUCUUGUGUCAUGAUGAAGAGGGAGGAAGAUGGAUGACAUGAUUGGCGUUUUAGCUGGGGAGUUCCUCAGGGCUCUCUGAUAGGUCCUCAUUAAUUUCCAUUUCUUGUAGGAAACACAGUAGGUCUGAGCUUUACACUUUAUGUAUCUGCUUACUUAUUGGUCUGUCUGUCUCCUCAGGAGUUAUAACGGUUGGCACAGAGACGCCCAGUCACUGAGAUCGUGGGCAUUGAGGUGAGUCACAAACUGUCCUGAACUGAAUCAAUGAUGGGGUUCAUUUUGAAUAUACAGAAGUUUAGUUAAUGUUUACGGUGGGAGAAAAAAUUGAUUCACAUAAGGAUCCCAAUUUUUUCUUUUACAGUUUUUAAAUCGAAUUUUUUGUUUAAAUUAAGGAAUAAAUCUUAAAAACUGACUGACAUGUGAUGUGUAUGUUUUGGGGAAAUAAGGUUCCUGGAAUAGUCAGUAGACAAUCAUAAUCAUUCAACUGUUUCACUGGUGUUAAAAAUGCAGACUAAAAAUAGAGAAAAUUGACAAUAUCGUAGAAUCGCGAUUUAAAUCCAAUCGGCAUCCAAAAAAAAAUCAUAGAAGAAUCGAAUCGGGAGGAAAGUUAAUGUUAAUGUCUUUGUUCUUAGCGCUUUACCCAGAGCGUCUGUGGACCUGACUCCAGACACCUUCAGGACUCUAGUUCUGUUGGGAAAGGAUCACUGGGUUCUGGAUUUUUACGCUCCAUGGUGUGGACCCUGUCAACUCUUCGCCCCAGAGUUUGAAAUCUUAGCACGGGUGAGACGAUUUUUUCUUCCUCAGUCUCAGAUAAACUGAAUCAGACACUGAAUCAGAGGUUUAAAAUGAUUUUCUCUGUGUUUGCCAGAUUCUUAAAGGGGAAGUCCGAGCAGGGAAGGUGAACUGUCAGGCUCACUAUCAGCUCUGUCAGUCAGCUGGAAUCAUGUCGUACCCCACUGUCAAAUUAUCCGCCUACAUGGGAGUAAAGAGGGUGAGGACUCACACACACAUACACACACAAACCAGCAGCUCUCCCACACAAACGAUAAAAUAAAACAAACAAAUAUAUAAAAUAUAACAUACAAAACAGCCUGGAAAAUUGGUGCUAAUUUAGAGAUAAAAUAAAAUAAGCUUUUUAUAUUUGAGACUGGGGAAAGGUGAAUUGUAAGUGUUUUAGUUAAUGCCAAACUGUGGUGUUUGCAGCAUGAAACCACCGGAGAUCACAUUAACAGCCGGGACUCAACCAUGAUUGUUAACACAAUCAGAGAGUGGCUACAGCAGAUGGCGCCACGGUUACAAUCCAAACCAAAGGUGAGUGACAAGUCAUCUGAAAUUCAUCUAAUAAAACCACAUAAUGACUUAGAGCCUCACUCUACGUUUCUGUUCUCUGCAGGACGAGCUCUGAAGAGGUUAUAGAAACGAUCUGAUAAUGAAUUUGAUUGGUCCGGAUGAUGAUCGAUCAGCCAACACUCCUUUCAAUGAACACAGCUGUGACACAGAGACUGACUCACACUGACUGUUACUCUGCUGUGAUGAAUGUAUGGAAAACUUUCAGCCUUUAUUUUAUUUGUUUUUAUGUUUGUCUCCAUCGUUUGUAUUUACUCUAUGAAGUAAAACUGUGGGACGCUGAAUACUGGACGCACACACACACUCACUCACACACUCCACACUCACAGCGUGCCACGUUGGACAUGGUGUUGUAUUUUACUGUUCAUGUUGAAACUGUCAAACCUUCAAAAUAAAAUGGUGUUUAUUUUAAAAUAA